AUGGAUACCAAGAUGCUCUUCCGAAUAUGGGUAGCAGUCCUCUACCUCAUCAAUAUGUGCAAGGCUGAGCUCAACUACUCCGAUGCCCAAACCCUAAAUGCCCUUGUAUCAGCAUCCUUGAGCAAAAACAACAUUGUUAUUGGUGUCUUUUGUCUGCCCUGGUACGAGCAAUGCGAAAUUCUGCGCCCUGAAUUGGAGCUAGUCCUUGAGGCCUUGCGACCAUGGCCGUCCGCCAAAUUACUACUGAUCAAUUGCGAGGUGGAAUCGGAUGCUUGUUCUUCUUAUAGAAUAACUUCCUAUCCUACUGUUCGACUCUUUCACGGCCCGAAACAGAUUCGAUAUCGAGGCAAGUUCCGGGCUUCUUCCAUUACUACCGAAGUUCUCAAGACUAUUCUGCCACCGGUUUCCCGUUCUAAUAGGCAGAUUUUGGACACAUUAAAGUCGUUGGACAUCCCGCUGCUCCUGUUCACGGAAUCUGAAGAUGACACUUCCCAGUCGUCGACCGUGAUAACCCAGGUCGCUGAAAAACUUCACGGCAAGCUUUUCGUCACGACCACCCACGACUUAACUCUGGCUGAAGAAGAAGGCGCCAAACUACCCUUUAUAGUCGUCUUGAAUUCCCUCGACGAAGUCAAGCCGGUGUACCAGGGCAAGGUUCAAAUCGAACCUAUUCUCAAAUUCGCAGAAAUGGCCUCAACGCCACUCAUCGGCAGAUUGGACCUGAAGUCUUACAUAAAAUACACACAGUCCGGAUUACCCCUUGCUUUUAUCCUUGCCGGGAUAGAUGAAGAGAGAAGGGCCCUCGCCGAAUCGCUUAAGCAUAUUGCUCUCAACUAUAAAGGCAGAGUUAACUUUGUAACUGUGGAUACAAAGAGUCUGUCCUUCUUACUCGAGCCUCUUGGUGUGGAUGGCAGACGCCUUCCGGCUUUCGCACUGCAUCGUGGUGACAACGAUGAGGUGUUUGUAUACGAUCAGAACCGCAAGGUCAAUGCAAAAGAUGUUGAAGUAUUCAUGCAAAGAACGCUGAAUUGGCCGGACAAGGAACUAUGA